AUGCCUGGCUGGCUUGGGCUCGAGUCCCGCAGACUAGAACUCUGGCGUCUCUUUGUGCAGAUUCUCUCGAUUGUUUUGUGCCCGGCUAUAAUGGGACUCAAGUUGGCGGUUAAGCGUCAAUCUGCUUCUCACGCGAGUGUCAGUAGCGCCAUGGCUGCUACAUGCAACCAGACCGUUUGCUUGACAACCUGCAGUCGCAUUAACAAAAAGCUAGGCGAAUUCACCUUUCAUCAGACUUGGAAUCCAUCCGUCACUCUUGGUCACAAGAAUGAGAUCGAGGAUAGUUGGACUAUUCUGUGUGUCUCGAGCCCGAAACUCGAGAUUCGCGUCCGAUUUGAGUGCCGCAAGAAGAAAAAGGAGUUUCGUUUCCGCUCUUUUUUCAGUACGUCGACAGUCUCGUUCACCAUUCGAUGGACAUACAAAUGCAGGCAGUCUCGGGGAUAA